ACAGCGGGGUAAUUUCUGCCCCUCUCACUUCACCUCACUGCUGACCUUCACUCCUCCAUCAAAAUCUAACUCCAAAAAUGGCACCUUUAACUCGAGCAUCUGUAGCCCUGAUAACCGCUUCUUCAGCCGGGCUUGGCGCUGCCACUGCUCGACUGUUUGCAUCACACGGCGUCCGUGUCAUUGUUAAUUACCAUUCCAGCUAUGACAAAGCACAAGAUCUUGUUGUCGAGCUAGGAGAUCUUGCAAGGAAAACCCUAUCAUCUAAUGAAGAGACAGAAGGAGUUACAGCUAUAAAGGCUGAUAUGUCAAAGAAAGAUGAGGUGGAGAGAUUGGUUAAGGAAAGCAUGGAGAAGUGGGGACGAUUAGAUGUUGUUGUCUCCAAUCAUGGUUGGACUCAAAUUCGCAAUUUUCAAGAUUUAGACGACAAUGUUGUCGAAGAAGAUUGGGAUCGAUGUUUCAACAUGAAUGUGAAGUCGCAUUUGUGGCUUUUCCAUGCUGUGAAGCCACAUCUAGAGAAGACCGAUGGAAGUUUCAUAUCGACCGCUAGUAUUGCGGGUGUGAAACCGGGUGGGAGUUCCAUGGCAUACUCUGUGACGAAAGCUGCUCAAAUACAUCUCAUCAAGUCAUUAGCUCUCACGUCAACAAUACGAGUGAACUCCAUUUCACCAGGAUUGAUGCUCACUGACUGGGGUCUUCAAUUCCCCGAAUCAAAAGUAGAAGGAGUAAAGAAAAAGAGCACACUAGGGAGACUCGCAACCGUUGAAGAGGUUGCUAGACAGAUAUACUGUUUAGCUGAGAGCGAGAGUGCUACUGGCACAAACUCUAUCAUUGAUGGGGGAAUUCAUUUGGGAAAAUGAUUUUUUAUUUUUUAUUUUUUUUAUUUUUAUUUUUAUAUUUUUUUUAUUUUUUAUAUUUUUUGAAAAACAGAAGUUUAUUCACCGAAAAACAACUCCAGACCUGAGCUUUGAUAUCACAGGCUUCGAUGAGCACCUGUCCAUUUGCAAAUGCAUGCAAUCUCAAACUUUCCAGCUCCCACUACCAAAUCAAUAUUACACCCAUCAACUGUGUUAGCCAUUGGCAUUUGGAAAUCAGUCUAAUUCAAUUAAGUAAAUGACCCGCUAAGUAAUAAUGCUAAUCAAAUUUUCUCUGAAACCCCAUUUUCUGUAAUAAGAGACAGUACCUGAAGUAAAUGAUAAACAAGACCUCGUAAACA